UAUCGCGCCUACAUAUUUGAUUUUUUAUUUAUCACCCUGAGACCAUAAAUGACUGGAGAAAAACUUUAUUCGCGAAGGAAGACGUUACUUGUAGCAGAAUUUUCUUAGAAAGAUACUUUAGCCAGAUAUGCUGAAGUAUUUCUAAGAAAGUUCUGAUAGUUCCGAUGAGAAAUCUAUGGAAAAAUAAUGUGCAUGGAAAUGUUCGCGGAAUAGCUUUCAGUUACAUUCUUUUUAUCAUUAAUGUAAAUUUAAUGAGCAAAACACUAAAUCGAAAAGACGUACUUGUUUCGGAAGAAACAAAUCUAAAGGCUAGGAAAAAAGAUCUGUUUAAUGAACAUCAUUUAUCAAUCUUGAAAAUGCGCAAUUAACAUAAAAAUUCCUGCGCAAAAGUUUAAAUAUUUUAACCACGCAACUUUGUCUAAUAUAAACGUGGUUUAUAUUAUACCAUUAUAUUAAGAUCAAGUUCGCUUUCUAUUCUUGAGAAAACAUAAUUGCGUCGCUUUGCGCAUAUUACUGUAUAAGCGUCAUUAUACAUGCAAAGCGAUAAUUAUGCAACACAUGAUCAGGCGUAUAAGCAUAUUAUCAGCAUAUUACGCGCACGUAUGACGUGACAAACGUUUGACAGGAACAGAAACGCGUCGUGCAUAUCACAUCUCGCUCGAUGGCUCGAUGGAUCGAUGAUUUUCGAGAUGCGACCAUGAGACACAAAAGAAAGAAAGAGAGAAACGAUCGGAUCGGGGGAGAGAGAGAGAGAGAGAGAGAGGGGGUCACAAUUUUUGGUCUUCAUCUGUCAUGGCUGCGUAUCUCGACGUAUUCGGAGCCACGUCUGCCCAGAGAGUGAAUCAACACUCGUAUUUUGCCAACGCAAGUGGUGUCGUCUGCUCCUAACGGAAGCAGAACAGGCGGUGGGAAAUUUGGGGGGCGCACGUGACCUGCUUGGCGCUAGUGCACCGGAUCCACGUGUACCCCGCCCCUACCUGCGCGGGCAUGGACGGUGGAGUAAUAAACUUCAAAAAAUCAUCCCACAGUCGAGUGUCACGUGUUGCUCCUGACAUAAGGUUCCUCAAGCAAUCUAGGCGGAAGCAGUCUUCCGCGAGAAUCAGGAAAUGCAUGUGUCUGCCGUCGAAUUACGCCGUUGUCAAGUUCCCCGUCGUUUGGUCCGAGCUCAGGGCUAACCAGCAGCUGUGCGACGGGGUCAUAAGAUGUUCGAAGGACAAUCAAGUCUUCCCAAUCCAUCGCGUCAUAUUAUCCGCAGUGAGCCCGUAUUUCAAGGCUGUCUUUACUAAUAGUCUGAAAGGCGGGAAAACUGAGAUCGCAGAAGUCGUCAUUAACACUGUGCCCGGGGAAAUCUUCAGUCUGAUCCUUGACUAUGCCUAUACGGGCACGUGCAACGUUAAUGCUGACAAUGUCGAACAACUGCUGCCAUAUGCCGACCAGUUCGAGGUCCUCGGAGUCGUCCAGCUCUGUUGUCAGUUCCUGCUACAGGAGCUGCAACCGAAUAAUUGCUUAGGUAUCUUCAAAUUCGCACGCCACUAUUUCUGCCACGACCUGGAGAGGCAAGGCUGGAAGUACAUACAGCACCACUUCAAGCAAAUAUUACAGGAGAGCGCGGAGUUUAAGGAUCUCCUCUGCGAUGAACUGGAAGCAAUAUUGCGCUACGACGAGCUCAAUGUUAAAAAUGAGGAGAUCGUAUUUAACGCCGUUAAAACGUGGAUCGAAGCCAAACUCGAAGACAGACGGGUUUAUCUACCGAGAUUGCUGGAUUGUGUACGCUUCGGUCUCAUCAGUCACAAGUAUUUCAUUAAUAAUAUUCUCAACUGCAAACUCAUCGAAGAGGAUGAGACGUGCAAGCAAAUGUUGCUCCCUGUGAUUGCUUAUCUAGCCGAGCAAAACUCGAAACAGAAUGUCGCAGAGAUCGAUUUAAAAAAUCCUCUUGCGAGACCUCGAGUCCCAUACGACAUUCUCUUUGCAAUUGGCGGUUGGAGCGCCGGUUCACCCACCAGCUUUGUGGAAACUUACGACACAAGAGCUGACAGAUGGUUUCUAUCAGUGAACACGGACGUAACACCGAGGGCUUAUCACGGAUUGUGCGCCCUGAACAACCUCAUCUACAUGAUUGGCGGAUUUGAUGGUCAUGAGCAUUUCAAUAGCGUGCGCUGUUUCGAUCCGGUGACGAAAAAGUGGCAGGAACGAGCCUGCAUGUACCAUGCCAGGUGUUACGUUAGCGUCUGCACUCACGGUGGCAAGAUUUACGCGCUCGGCGGGUACAAUGGCCGCACCAGGCUGAAUUCCGGCGAGCGCUACGACCCCCAAAGGAACCAAUGGGAGAUGAUACCGUCCAUGCAUCGGCAACGCUCGGACGCGAGCGCGGCUGCACUGCACAACAAGAUCUACAUCGUGGGCGGCUUCAACGGCCAGGAGGUGUUCGACUCGGUGGAGGUGUUCGACGUGGAGACCAACCAGUGGAGCAUCAUCCAAUCAAUGAUCAGCCCGCGGUCCGGCGUCUCCCUCGUCGCGUUCCGCGACAGUCUGUACGCCCUCGGCGGCUUCAGCGGCAUCACUAGACUGAGUUCCGGGGAGCGUUACACGCCAAAUCAUUCAGAUCAAUGGCACGAGAUCUCGGAGAUGUUCAGCCCACGCAGUAAUUUUUCCACGGUUAUACUGGACGAUAUGAUUUUCGUCAUUGGCGGUUACAACGGAUUGAGUACAAUCGCGUACGUCGAAUGCUACGACGUGGAUUGCAACGAAUGGUACGACGCAUCCCCCAUGAAUCUAAGUCGCAGUGCCCUCAGCGCCUGUGUGAUAGCAGGUUUGCCGAACGUCCGCGAGUAUUCGUAUCUGGGCAAAGCGCGAGAUCUCGGCCAAGGGCAAGCGACGUUAAAAAAUUUACGAAAGUCCGAUCAGGCUGGCGAAGGCUCCACCGAAACGAACGUCAUGCAGGCUGAUGGGCAGAUCGACGUAAGCGAGCCAGUCCACGUUGCGGAUCCCACUGAGAGUAUACCUGACGGUAGUGAAAAUUUCUACGAGGAGGAAAACGCUAAUAACGAGAAGGAAAUGGAGGACGGAUCGGUGUACGUUCUAAGGGAGUUCGAUUAAGCAUUAUUAAAUAUUGAAAUGUCGGUUAGUACGACGCUGUGCUACAUUUUGCGGAUUUGUGGAUUGUUUGAUGAGUACAUAGGCCUUAUUGGCAGGUAGUGUAGAAAUUAUAACAAACCAGUGUCGUAAUUACAAACAAAUUGCAUCGAAAUUAAUACUUUACGUAAAGUAUUAUUUUUUUCUACAUAAGGUGAAAAACCUCUCGCCCACAGGUA